CCCGAAUACUCUUCUCUCUCUCUCUCUCUCUAUACCUUCUUGUCAAACCUUCAAAAACCAUGAAUUCCGUUGCUCCACCUCAAAGUCAGACACAGUCUACGCCCCUAUAUGUGUGUACCCACAUUUCAGCCAACCCCAGAUUGCUCUUAUGGGGCGGCCCAGAACCACCCUCCCGUUCCUCGCUCCCGACGUUGACGGCCGCAACAGCAACGCCAUCGAGGAUGGCCUCGUCCGGAGGGAGCCCCCGCCUCGCGAGGACGGGAUUCCCCACAUGGUCGCCAGGUUUUUGCGGCGGUUCAUGUCCGGAAAUCAAAUCGAUGGCGGGUCAAGGACGGAGGAGGAAGAGAAAGUGUAUUCUUGGUUAUAUGCAUUGGCGCAGUCGGACAAGGACAUGGUCUUCGAGUAUGUUCAAUCCACCGAAAGAGGGUUGAGCUUCACUGAAGCAGAGAGGAGACUGAGAGAAAAUGGUCCCAAUGCUCCUCUUGAAUAUACUUUUCCGAGUUGGUGGCAUCUCCUGUGGAAUGCUUUCUUUCAUCCGUUCAAUAUCAUUUUGAUUGUCUUGUCAGUACUCUCAUACAUAACCAGUGAUAAUUAUAACGGAUGUAUCAUGCUAGCAUUGGUCUUCAUAAGUGUCUCCCUUCGAUUUUAUCAGGAACACAGCAGUUCAAAAGCAGCUAUGAAACUUUCCGAAUUUGUCAGAUGCCCCAUUAAAGUUCAAAGAUGUGCUGGCAGAGUUGAGCAGACUGAAUUAAUAGUUCAAGUUGAUCAAAAGGAUGUUGUUCCUGGUGAUAUUGUCAUUUUUGAACCGGGGGACCUAUUUCCUGGUGAUGUGCGCCUAUUAUCCUCAAAGCACCUUGUAGUCAGUCAGUCCUCAUUAACAGGUGAGUCAGGAACAACGGACAAGAUGGCUGAUAUCAAGGAAAAUCAGGGCACUCCCCUACUUGACUUGAGAAAUAUAUGUUUCAUGGGAACAAAUGUGGUGUCAGGAAGUGGAACUGGCCUAGUCAUUUCAACUGGAUCCAAAACUUAUAUGAGCACAAUAUUUUCAAACAUUGGGAAGCGAAAGCCUCCAGAUGACUUUGAGAUGGGCGUGCGGAGAAUAUCUUAUGUUCUUAUCGGUGUAAUGCUGUUAGUUGUCAUUAUCAUAAUCUUAGCAGAGUACCUCACAUCUAACCAACUGAGUGACAGCAUCCUUUUUGGACUUUCUGUGGCAUGUGCAUUGACCCCUCAAAUGCUUCCACUGAUAGUUAACACAAGUCUUGCCAAAGGAGCGCUCGCUAUGGCCGAGGACAGAUGCGUUGUCAAAAGUAUAACCGCCAUACGAGAUAUGGGAUCCAUGGAUAUCUUAUGCAUUGACAAGACUGGUACACUUACCAUGAAUCGGGCAAUCAUGGUUGACCAUCUUGAUUGCUGGGGUGUAAAGAGAGAAAAAGUCUUACAAUUUGCCUUUCUUAACUCUUACUUCAAGACUGAUCAGAAGUAUCCUCUUGAUGAUGCAAUAUUGGCAUAUGUCUACACAAAUGGCUACAGGUUUCAGCCAUCCCAGUGGACAAAGGUCGAUGAGAUCCCUUUUGAUUUUAUACGUAGACGCGUAUCUGUUAUUUUAGAAAUUGAAUCAAAUUCAAGAGACAGCAAAAGCAAGAGCAGUGAUAGAUUUAUGGUAACAAAAGGAGCACUAGAAGAAGUGAUGAAAGUUUGUUCAUUUAUUGAGAAAAUUGAUAGUGGUUCUACUGCAGCAUUUUCUGCCGAAGAAUAUCAGCAGAUUUUGAAUUUGGGAGAAGAGUUAAGUAAUGAAGGACUAAGAAUAAUUGGAGUUGCAGUAAAGAGGCUAACAAAGAAUAGAAUUGGUCAGAGUAAGGAUGAUGAUGAGAUAACAGAAUCAGACAUGGUGUUCCUUGGCCUUGUAACAUUCUACGACCCACCAAAGGACUCGGCUAAGCAAGCAUUGUGGCGGUUAGCUGAGAAGGGAGUAAAAGCCAAAGUACUAACUGGUGACUCGCUUGCUCUGGCAAUAAAGGUUUGCCAGGAAGUCGGCAUCAGAACUACCCAUGUGAUAACGGGACCUGAUCUGGAGCUACUUAACCAAGAAUCCUUCCACGAAACGGUUCAAAGGGCGACCGUGCUUGCCCGGCUCACCCCCACGCAAAAACUUCGUGUUGUCCAGUCCUUGCAAACUGUGGGAAACCAUGUGGUUGGUUUCCUAGGAGAUGGAAUCAACGACUCACUUGCGCUCGAUGCAGCCAAUGUCGGCAUUUCCGUGGAUUCAGGGGCAUCGGUUGCUAAAGACUAUUCGGAAAUCAUAUUGCUCGAGAAAGAUCUAAAUGUCCUAGUCGCAGGAGUUGUGAGGGGAAGAAUGACUUACGGAAACACAAUGAAGUACAUAAAGAUGUCCGUGAUUGCAAAUGUAGGAAGCGUUCUCUCCCUCCUUAUAGCGACUCUUUUCCUCCAAUUCGAGCCAUUGACUCCUAAGCAACUCCUUGUACAGAAUUUCUUGUACAGUGUUGGCCAAAUUGCUAUCCCAUGGGACAAAAUGGAGGAAGAUUAUGUGAAAACCCCACAGAGAUGGUCUCGGAAAGGUUUACCGAUGUUCAUAUUAUGGAAUGGCCCUGUAUGUACAGUGUGUGAUGUGACCGCACUACUGUUUCUUUGGUUCUACUACAGAGCUGAUCUAGUUGACACAGAAGAUUUCUUCCGCUCCGGGUGGUUCGUCGAAGGCCUGCUCAUGCAGACGCUCAUCAUUCACUUGAUUAGAACGGAAAAGAUCCCGUUCAUCCAGGAGAUUGCAUCAUGGCCCGUGGUUUUGUCGACAGUCGUAAUUUCGGCGAUCGGGAUAGCGAUUCCAUGCACUGGAAUCGGUUCCAUCAUGGGGUUUGUCCGACUUCCCUUAUCAUAUUUUGGAUUUCUGGUUGUGCUCUUCAUAGGUUACUUCACUAUCGGUCAGAUAGUCAAGAGAAUUUACAUAUUGGUAUAUAGAAAAUGGUUAUAGACGAUCGAUCUGAGUUUGUUUGCACAAAGUUCGGUAUAGGAAAGAAAUUUUGUCUAUUCUUUGUUUUUUUCUCUUUUGCUUGGGAAUGUCAUUGUAUAUUGUUGAGAAGAGAUUACAGCCUCAGAUUUUGACAGGAUCA